GGCCUGGUGCAUCAGCGGUUACCAAGCGCAAGCGCAACCAGGCGGCCGCGGCGCUGAUGGUGGCAGGGGCCCGCUUGGACCUCCAGAACAGCCAUGGCGAAACAGCCGAGGAUCUAGCUGGAAGGUACUCCGCCCCCGACUUCAUCCUCCAAGCAUUCCGAAAUCCAGAAGGACUCCACAGCACGGAGAUGGCCAGAAUUAGAGAAAUGAGCCAAGAGCCAACAUUUUCUGUGUGA